UGCUUUUUUAUCAUCAAUUCUUUCCUUUUCAUUUCAGUUCUGUAUAUCCCACUAUUUUAUAUCCUCCUUUAGAUUAUCUUUCAAGCAUACGAUUCCCUUUAUUCCAUCACAAUACUCAGAUAUACAAUAUAAAUAAUGGGUCAACAAGCCAGUAGAGAACAUGCACCUUUAACUUUUGGUUAUGUCAACCACGCCAAUGAUGACGAAACGGAUACGAAUACAAUAGCCGAUGACAAAGAUACAGAUGGAAGACAUAUAUCUCAGGAACAAAACGAUUUUAUACUAGCAAAUCCUCAUCUGUAUCGCCUUCAAGCAGUAUGCGAUAAAUGCUCAAAGUCCUCUGACAGCAACGGUGGAGUUGUUGUAUCAAUUCUAGGGGAAGCAUGUCCAAAAUGCCUACAACAAAAAAGAUUGUCUAUAGUUAAAAAAGAUUUAGCAGAUGAUCUCGAGUAUAUUGAUCAGACGUAUUAUCCAGAUUUAGUACAUUAUAACUAUUAUAAUGAUGAUAAUGGCAGAACACCAGCAGCAGCUCGCCAGCAACGUCCGGAUCCCAUGGAGGAAGAAUUGAUUCAGUUUGAAAAAGAUGCUAACACCAACCAACAGCAAUGGUCUAGAUUAACAAUUGGAGAAGCCACCACACCAGGAGGUACGAAAAGAAGACCAAGACGACUGACAGGACCAUCUAUGGCUGUGGAUUUAUCUGAUAGAUCACUGGUCAAGCUGAGUCCAAGCAUUGGUUAUUUGGAUAGUCUGACUAAACUUAAUCUCUCCAAUAAUCAAAUGACGAGCCUACCUCAAGAAUUAGGUUACCUCAAGAAUCUUCGUGUAUUGAAUAUAUCCAAUAAUAUAUUGGAGGAGCUGCCCAAGACCAUUGCGUAUUUAACAAAAUUAAAAGCUUUGAACGUCGCCCAGAAUAGGCUUGUGGAACUCCCUGCUUCUAUAGGACACUUACCAAAAUUGGUUAUUAUUAUUGCUAAUGAUAACUGCUUAGAAGCGUUGCCUCGAGAUUUUGCUCAAUUGACCAAUUUGAUUUCGCUCAAUGUUUCCAACAACCCUCUCAAAUCAUUACCAUCAGAAAUUGCUGAACUUGGAUCGCUCAGAAAGUUAUUGACUGACGAUUGCCCCUUCGAAGACGAAUACAGCUAUGAUUUACGCCAUGAUCCUCCUUCUUUAUUCGAAUCUUGUGCACGUAUUGCAGUGCGCCAUCGUUUGAGAGCGAGUAGUGCUAGCAGUCAAUUACCCGAACAUAUCCAACAUUAUCUCUCCAAUCCUGACACUUGUUCUUAUUGUAAAGGCCCCUUUUUUGAAAGCUCCCUUACACGUGUUCGAUUCAUCGAAAGGAGAGCCGGACAGCCGAUGGCUCUACAGUACACUCUUUGCAAAGCGCAUUGGUCAACAGAAGAGGAUCGUUUGCUCGCUAUGUUUUCUCAGCCUUCACAUAUUCCAAAUACGUUAUCUAACAAAGGAAUUGAUACCAAUGGCUUGGACACAGACUUAAGAGCUCCUAAUAAUACGAGUUACAAUAGACAUCGUGCUUACAGUGAUAGUACGACAGUCUUGUUAUCGCCCAAUUCAUCUUCUCUUUCACGAAGAGGGACCAACAACGUUAAUUUAUUGAUAACAGAGCACCAGCAUAGCGAUUAUUUCUCAGCCCCAAUGUCAUCAUCGUCAACAAAUACUACUCCUAACCUAUCAUUAGCAAAGAACAAUACUCUUCUUGAAUUGCCGCCGCUUCCAAAUUAUUCCUCUUCAUCAUCCAUCAACAAUAAUGGAAGAAGUAAUAAUAAUAGGCCACGAGCCUCCUCUGCAGCAUCUGUCACAAAACGACUGACAGACUUUAUUCGAUCCAAUAGUAGUAACAAUAUGAACAACGGACGUCUCAAAAAUCGAGAUAGAAGUUACAGCAGCUCAUCUCUACGAUUGCAGCAUAAUCUUACCAACAAUACCCCUUCAACCUCAUCUCCUUUAACAACGCCUAUGCCUCAAGAGCAACAAAUUCCGCGAAACUUGAACACAAAUAAUGAGUUCCGGCCACAGUUACAGAGAGAUUUAUACAGUUGGGCAGAAACUAUACAAAGGGCAACAGCUGCAGCUGCAGAAACAAUUGGUACAGAAGAACAACAGAAUCAAAUCGAGCAUUUUAUAUCUACAAGUCAAAAUACUUCUGCUAUUUCUCAUAAUUGAAGGGUAGAUAGUACAUUUACGAAAAGUUGACCUUAAUCACUGUUGUAUUUUUAUACGCUUGUUCUUCCCUAUUUCUGAUACAGCCCGUUUGCUAUAUCACAAUACCCUUCGCUUUUCAUUUCCUUUCUUUUGUUCAGUGAUAAUAACUGGACAUUAUAUUGUCAUGAAUUAAGCACAAAUGUAGCUGCUAUUGUUCAAACCUUUGCAUGAUUAGAUAAACUUGAAAUCAAAAGGCAUAGUUAUGAGCUAUUAAAUCUAGGUUUCCCAGUUUGACGACUGUAUAAUGCUAUUGUAAUAAAGAGUAAAGUAACGAUGAACUAAACUCUUCGAAACAAUAAGAAACCAAUCAUCUAGUCUCGGAAUUCUGCCAUUGAAUAAGCGCUACGCAUAACAACACAAACCAUAGAUGGAAAGGAUAAGUUG